AUGUACCGCUACACUCGACAUACUGAGAAACUUCUGGUCAGCAAGGAAGCUUUCAAAGCAGCACAGCUAAUACUGGACAUAGAAGAAGACGUAAAGAAAAGUUAUGGAGAUGAGACAGAACAUUCAGAUGCCGAGCGCGAGACUUUGGCUGGAAUGGUUGCGUAUGCUUUGGACCAUUAUCGAACUAAAAUUCGGCUUUUUGGUUGGGCUAUUGAUUCCAGAGUCUUGCGACAUGCUCAAACACUGGUUGAAGAAGGUCGAGAAUCCGAUGAGAUUGAGAAGAUACAGCGUCAAGAACUUCUUGUUUGUAGGUCGAGUUUCUGGGCCGCGCGUGAUGCUGUGAUAGCACACCUCGGCUCCUAUUUAGCGAAGCUUAGAAGACACAACGAAAUUUGGCUGGAAUUGGAAAAUCCGGUAGAUAAGCACGUGCUAGCUGCGGUUAUGGCAAUCUACAAGUGGGCAGAUGGAGAUCAUGAGAAGGUCGCGACUGACAGGUUUUUGAGGAGCGAAAAUUUAAGGAACUGGGGCUAUGCUGGAUACACUGCCAAGAUAGCAAGUAUCUACUACUGGGCUUUGAGAAAGACAAAUGAGGAUGUUGAUGGAGAGGUUCUGGCGGCUGUGAAUGAGGUACUGGAAAUGGCUCAGGGUAUUGGGCAGACAGAGGAAUAG